AACGCUCUGUUGCAUAACGCAGUCAUGGAAAAACAAAAGUAGCUGCCUACUGGCAGGGGUUCAGCCUGAAUGUCUUCCCCUUGACAUAAAAACACAAGAACCCUGGUUAGCUUGUCAGAGAGCACUACGUUUUUGUCAUGGUUCCAUUACAUUUUCCAAAAUGUGUGGUGGUUUUUGCCCUCUUUGCCCAGACGAUGGCUGUGCUGGACUCGUUCACCGCCGCGGUGUAUGAGCACGCUGUCCUCUUACCCAACGCCACCGAGAGCCCUGCUUCCAGGGAAGAGGCCUUGCUCCUGAUGAACAGGAACCUGGACGUUUUGGAGAAGGCAACCAAGCUGGCAGCCAGGCAGGGUGCUCAAAUCAUUGUGACCCCAGAAGAUGGAAUCUAUGGUUGGGUCUUCACCAGGGAGAGCAUUUACCCUUAUCUGGAGGAUAUACCAGCCCCUGAAGUGAACUGGAUUCCAUGUAGAGAUCCUCAGAGGUUUGGCUACACGCCAGUGCAGGAGAGGCUCAGCUGCCUGGCCAAGGACAAUUCUAUCUAUGUCGUGGCAAAUAUUGGAGACAAGAAGCCAUGCAACUCUAGUGACCCUCUGUGUUCCCCUGAUGGCCGUUACCAAUAUAACACUGAUGUGGUAUUUGAUUCUGAGGGUAGGCUGGUGGCUCGUUACCAUAAGUAUAAUCUUUUUGCACCAGAAAUCCAAUUUGAUUUCCCCAAAGAUUCAGAAGUUGUGACUUUUGACACUCCUUUUGGGAAGUUUGGCAUCUUUACCUGCUUUGACAUUUUCUCUCAUGACCCGGCCGUGGUGGUGGUGCAGGACUUUGAAGUUGACAGUGUUCUCUACCCCACAGCGUGGUACAACACCCUGCCCCUCCUUUCAGCUGUCCCAUUCCAUUCAGCAUGGGCCAGAGCCAUGAGAGUCAACUUGCUUGCUGCCAAUACACACAACACCAGAAUGCAUAUGACAGGGAGUGGAAUCUAUAGCCCAGAAGCUGUCAAGGUGUAUCACUAUGACAUGGAAACGGAGAGCGGCCAGCUGCUUCUCUCCGAGUUGAGGUGUCGGCCCCGCAGCCAGCCCACCUACCCCGCAGCUGUUGACUGGAGUGCUUACGCCAGAAGUGUCAAGCCAUUCUUAUCUGAGCAGACACAUUUUCCAGGCCUCAUUUAUUUUGAUGAAUUCACCUUCACCAAGCUUAAGGGAAAGACAGGAAACUACACAGUUUGCCAGAAGGACCUCUGCUGUCACCUGUCUUACAAGAUGUCUGAGAAGCGAGUAGACGAGGUCUAUGCUCUGGGUGCCUUUGAUGGACUGCACACGGUAGAAGGCCAGUAUUACUUACAGAUAUGCACAUUACUAAAGUGUCAAACCACUGAUCUGAGAACUUGCGGAGAGCCUGUAGGCUCAGCUUUCACCACGUUUGAAGAAUUCUCCCUCAGUGGCACAUUUGGAACAAGUUAUGUCUUCCCACAGAUCAUCCUAAGUGGGAGUCAGCUUGCUCCUGAAAGACACUAUGAGGUUUCAAGGGAUGGACGUCUCCAGAGCCGAGGUGGAGCUCCUUUGCCUGUCUUAGUUAUGACCUUAUAUGGAAGAGUGUUUGAGAAGGACCCUCCACGCUUAGGACAGGGACCUGGGAAGUUACAGGGACCCCCUUGACUAUAGGGUAUUUCAAAAUUAGCCUGUUAAAAGAGUGGGCAAUAAAAGAAAGAAAGAGUA